ACAGUAGUGGAAAAAAAAUGUGAAGAAACUAUAGGUGAGGUUUUGGUUUUCUAAUUUUCUUCGCUCUGCUUUGUGUUCCUCGUGUGCCGUAGCGAUUUUUCUCGAGAAAAUCGUUUGGAGGAAAAUGGAGACUUCUCUGAGGUUUACGGGCAAUACGAGGUCUUUGAAAAUCCAUGCUAAGGAGAAGCUCCCGGUGAAUUCGAGGACCCAUUUGCAGCUUCAUGGAGAGCUAGAUACUGGAACUGGGGCUCCGAGUUACUUCUGUGCGAUGAUUAGACACUUUUUCCCCGAGGCUACGACAGGCCUUGGAGUAGGAUUGCAUUAUGAUAAGCGCCAAAAGCUACGGUGUCAUGUACGCGGGAAGAAAGAGUUUCCUGUGAGAACUGAUAAGCGUGUCACCUUUAAUAUUAAAGGGCGGUGUGAUUUUGAUCAAGACUUCAAUCAGAGGAACCCUAAAGGAGCUGCAGAAAUUGCGUGGAACAUCAUGGACUUUAAGGAAGAUCAGGAUGUACGGAUCAAAGUUGGCUACGAAAUGUUUGAUAAGGUCCCUUAUAUGCAGAUUAGAGAAAACAACUGGACUCUCAACGCAAACAUGAAGGGAAGAUGGAACUUGAGAUUUGACCUGUAACUGCAUUUAAUAUUCAUAAUCAUCAUCUGAGAAAUGUAUUAAAUCCCUACUGAUACACUCAUUUUUUAGUUUCAAAAUUUUAAGAGAUGUUCCUCAAAUCAUCUCCGUCACUAUUGCAAAAUGUCUUUAUUUUGCAAAUCCACAAAUC